CCGGCGGGGAUGGAGGACUCGGCGGCGGCGGCGGCGGCGGCGGCGGAGCGGCUCUGAGGAGGGGACAGCGGGAUUAGAGUUCUCCAGAAUACCCAUCAUAUAGCCCCUGAGGUGGAAUGGUGAUGUCUCCAUGAGGGAACCUCCUCUCACUGAUCGUGUCAUGUAUAUCAACAGUUCUUGACUGGGCCCUUCGUCCGAGAUAGGAUUUACCCUGUGAAACAGGGAGAAGACUUAUGGACUCUAAGCAUCAUUUCAAGUUAUAGUUUUCUUGAAAGGACAGACACAGCUCUUGUGCUUUGGAUCCUCUGCUUUAUUAAAGCUGCUUGUGUUGCUAAUCCAGAACUGUUCCAGUCUAUUGACCCAUCACCAUGGCUUCAGUUUGGAAGCGACUGCAGCGUGUGGGAAAACAUGCAUCCAAGUUCCAGUUUGUGGCCUCCUACCAGGAGCUGAUGGUUGAAUGUACAAAGAAAUGGCAACCAGAUAAACUGGUGGUAGUGUGGACAAGAAGAAGCCGAAGGAAAUCUUCCAAGGCUCACAGCUGGCAACCUGGAAUAAAAAAUCCGUAUCGUGGUGUUGUUGUUUGGCCUGUCCCUGAAAACAUUGAAAUCACUGUGACACUUUUUAAGGAUCCUCAUGCAGAAGAAUUUGAAGACAAAGAGUGGACAUUUGUCAUUGAGAAUGAGUCCCCUUCUGGUCGGAGGAAAGCUCUUGCUACCAGCAGCAUCAAUAUGAAACAGUAUGCGAGUCCUAUGCCAACUCAAACUGAUGUCAAGCUAAAAUUCAAGCCAUUAUCUAAGAAAGCUGUGUCUGCCACUCUCCAGUUUUCAUUAUCGUGUAUCUUCCUUCGGGAGGGAAAAGCAACGGAUGAAGAUAUGCAAAGUUUGGCUAGUUUGAUGAGUAUGAAGCAGGCUGACAUUGGCAACUUAGAUGAUUUUGAAGAAGAUAAUGAGGAUGAUGAUGAGAAUCGAGUGAACCAAGAGGAAAAGGCAGCAAAAAUUACAGAAAUUGUAAACCAGUUGAAUGCUCUGAGCAGCUUAGAUGAAGAUCAAGAUGACUGCAUAAAGCAAGCAAAUAUGCCUUCAGCUAAAUCAGCCAGUUCCUCUGAAGAACUUAUCAACACACUUAACUUUUUGGAUGAAGCACAGAAGGAGUUGGCCACUGUGAAUACAAAUCCUUUUGAUGAACCUGAUGUAACAGAAUUAAAUCCAUUUGGAGACCCUGACUCAGAAGAACCAAUCACUGAAACAACUUCACCUAAAAAACCAGAAGAAUCUUUUUAUAAUAACAGCUGUCAUCCCUUUAAAGGCGCCCGGACUCCACAAUACUUGAACCCAUUUGAUGAACCAGAGACUUUUGUACUGAUAAAGGAUUCUCCACCCCAGUCUACAAGAAGAAAAAACCUAAGACCUGUGGACAUGAGCAAGUACCUUUAUGCUGAUACUUCGAAAAGUGAAGAAGAAUUAGAUGAAUCAAAUCCUUUUUAUGAGCCUAAGCCAACUUCUCCAAAUAAUUUGGUCAGUGCAGUUCAAGAAGGGGAAAUGGAACGGAGACUGAAAAGAAAGGCUCCAGCUCCACCAGCCCUUGCACCAAAGACUGGAGUAACUGAACCCACGGUUGUUUCUGCAGGGAGAGACCUCUCUACUUCUCCUAAGCCAAGCCCAAUACCAAGUCCUGUUCUGGGGCAAAAGCCAAAUGCUAGUCAGUCGCUGCUUGCGUGGUGCAAAGAAGUUACGAAAAACUACCGGGGUGUGAAAAUCACUAACUUUACUACGUCGUGGAGAAAUGGUUUAUCUUUCUGUGCAAUCUUACACCACUUCAGGCCAGACUUGAUUGACUACAAGUCUCUGAAUCCUCAAGAUAUUAAAGAAAACAACAAAAAGGCUUAUGAUGGAUUUGCCAGCAUUGGAAUUUCCCGUUUACUGGAACCUUCUGAUAUGGUUUUAUUAGCAAUCCCUGACAAGCUGACGGUUAUGACUUAUCUCUAUCAAAUAAGGGCACAUUUUAGCGGUCAAGAACUGAAUGUGGUUCAGAUAGAGGAAAACAGCAGCAAGAGCACGUAUAAAGUUGGAAAUUACGAAACAGAUACAAACAGUUCUGUGGAUCAAGAAAAAUUCUAUGCCGAGCUCAGCGACCUAAAGCGGGAGCCUGAAGCACAGCAGCCUGCCGGUGGGGCCGUGAACCUCCUGUCGCGGGAGGACUCCGUGUUUGUUACUGAGAGCGGAGUGAAAGAGUCAGAAAGUGAACACCAGACUCCACAUGCUCGCCUGAGUCCAAGCACAGCCUCCCCUUACUGCCGCAGGACUAAAAGUGACACGGAGCCUCAAAAGUCCCAGCAGAGCUCAGGAAGGACUUCAGGGUCUGAUGACCCUGGGCUAAGUUCUAGUACCAGUUCAGCCCAAGAGCUGGUUUUGUUAGGCAAGAAGAGGCUACUAAAAGCUGAGAACUUAGAAUUAAGUGACUUACAUGUCAGCGGUCAAAAGAAGGAUGUGUCUCCACCCUCAUCUUAUGAGCAAAAGCUUCAGACUGUAAAUACCAAUAGUGACUUGGAAGAAGAGAAAAUGGAGAAUUCCAGAUCCGUAGAAUGCAGAUUGGAUGGUGAAUCAGCUAUCAAAAAGCCAAGUUUGUCCCCUCCUUCUACUCUUGGAUAUUCAUACAAUAGAGAUACAGACUUUGGGAAAAAAAUAUGUGCUUCUCUGAGGCAGACAGAGUCGGAUCCAGAUGCGGACAGAAACACUCUAAAUCAUGCAGAUAACUCCACCAAAACAGUUCAGCACCGAAUGUUAUCCAGACAAGAGGAGCUGAAAGAAAGAGCGAGAGUUCUGCUUGAGCAAGCAAGAAGAGAUGCAGCUUCCAAGGCGGGGAGCAAGCAGAGCGGCAGCGCAGCCCCUCCGCCCUGCAGCAGGCAGCUAAGUGAUCAGCAAGAUGAAGAGAGACGUCGGCAGCUGAGAGAGAGGGCUCGUCAGCUAAUAGCAGAAGCUCGAUGCGGAGUGAAGAUGUCAGAACUUCCCAGCUAUGGUGAAAUGGCUGCAGAAAAGUUGAAAGAAAGGUCAAAGGCAUCUGGAGAUGAAAAUGAUAAUAUUGAGAUAGAUACUAACGAGGAGAUUCCUGAAGGCUUUGUUGUAGGAGGUGGAGAUGAACUUACUAAUAUAGAAAGUGACCUUGAUACUCCUGAACAAAAUAAUAAGUUGAUGGACGUGAAGCUGAAGAAGCUCUUAGAAGCCCAGCCACAGGUGGCCAACUCGCACUCCAGUGCUGCCCAGAGUACUGUGCCUGAUACCUCAGAGCAAGGAGAAAAGGAUGUCGUGGAAGAUCUCCGGAGUGACCGAUUACAAAAGGCAACGGAACGUUUCAGAAAUCCUGUUGUAUUCAGCAAGGAUUCUACAGUCAGAAAAACUCAGCUCCAGUCUUUCAGUCAGUAUGUUGAGAAUAGACCAGAGAUGAAAAGACAGAGAUCAAUCCAGGAAGAUACAAAGAGAGGAAAUGAGGAGAAGGCAGCGAUAUCUGAAGCUCAGAGGAAGCCAUCAGAAGAUGAAAAAGGGUUCAAAGACACCAGUCAGUAUGUUGUAGGAGAAUUGGCAGCACUAGAGAAUGAGCAAAAGCAAAUUGACACCCGUGCCGCGCUGGUGGAGAAGCGCCUCCGCUAUCUCAUGGACACAGGAAGGAACACUGAAGAAGAGGAGGCCAUGAUGCAGGAAUGGUUCAUGCUAGUUAAUAAGAAAAACGCUUUGAUAAGGAGAAUGAACCAGCUGUCCCUCCUGGAAAAAGAACAUGACUUAGAACGAAGGUACGAGCUGCUGAACCGGGAACUGCGGGCGAUGCUAGCCAUCGAAGACUGGCAGAAGACCGAGGCCCAGAAGCGGCGGGAACAGCUCCUGCUGGACGAGCUGGUGGCCCUGGUGGACAAGCGAGACGCCCUUGUCAGGGACCUGGAUGCCCAAGAGAAGCAGGCCGAAGAAGAAGAUGAGCAUUUGGAGCGAACUCUGGAGCAAAACAAAGGCAAGAUGGCCAAGAAGGAGGAGAAGUGUGCUCUUCAGUAGCCUCAGGCCAGCUCUCUCCCAGCAUUUUACUCGCAGGUCCCCAGGCCAGGAACAGGCUGAUUUAAAACUUUCUAACAUUUUGUUUGACUGGAUUGUACUGCUGGACCACCACCCCUUUCCAACUCUCCAGAUAAUACACAGAGCUCCACAGAGCUUUAAGGACUCUUUGUGAGUUAAUCAUGAAACCAGUUUUGAAAUCAUGUGAAGUAGAUUUGCACAGACACCUUGUGGAUGACUGGUAAUGAAGAUGCUCAAGAAGAAACUCCAGAAAAAAGGCUUCGCUCAGCAUCUCCCUUCUGUUUGGAUGGGAUGGAAAUUUGAAACAUGUUUGUUAUAGUAUUGUUGGUAAUAGCAUAAUGACAGUGGGUGGGGGGCAAAGGGGAUAAGAAAAUGUCAUGAAUGGUUUUUUCCAGUCCUGCCGUAUGUAAGUGACGCUGUGACCUGAAUCUCAUAGUUAGAUCAUAUUCUGUGUAUUGACGAGCGUGUGUUCCAUUUGCCAGUCGGGUUGUUCGCAUUUCCCUUAACGACUGUAAAGUUCCUGUCUGCUCUCCUCAGAGGAUGGGAUGGCCUUUUAAGGUAGCCAGAGACAAACCGUGUGGCUUGAAGGGCGAGCUGCGAGAAUGGGUCUGAUUGCCACGGCCGUGCAGCAGUUUACAAAGACAGUUGCACCAUCUAAGGACGCGCCAUCUUCUCUGAAGAAUUAUUUAUUACAUCCUGCUUGGUUCCUACAUUUUGUUGGGGCUCAACAUUGGCUCAAGAAUGCUGUUACUAUUUAUUCUGUAUUGAUAAAAGUACGUCUUGGCACUAAGUAAAUCCCCCGUUCAGAUCUUCUCUAGCAUAGCACCGUGUUUUGUGAAAAUGGUUAUGUUUAUUUAUUACAAUACUGAGUCAUAUAUAAAUUUUCAAUAAAAGCAGAAACUUUCUUAC